UAAAAUGCUACAACGUAAUCUUAGGCAAGUGCUCAGAUUGUCAUUGAAAUUUUCAGUUGUGAGAGAGAGAACAAGAUAAGCCUGUGAGAAGCCUUCCUUCUUCUACCAGCCCCAGAAAUGGCAUCGGUGCAUAGUGCCCUGACAUCGGUUGUGUGCAAGAAUGGCAGUCAUUCUUCUGCAGCAAAGUUCCCAGCUACCACCUUCUUGCCCGGGUUUGAUGCCGUGGGGCGUCUUUCAAGCCCGUUCAAGAAGGAAGUGUGCCUUAGUUCCCUGAGCUCAGGUGCCAAAGCUACACUUACCUUUGAUCCCCCAGCAACCAAUUCCGAGAAACCCAAGCUACCAAGGCAUACAGCCGAUCCCGCUUCUCCUGAUUUUCUGCCUCUUCCGUCCUUUGAACAAUGUUUUCCCAAGAGCACAAAAGAACACAGGGAAGUUGUUCACGAAGAAACUGGCCAUGUGCUCAAAGUUCCCCUUCGACGAGUCCACCUGGCUGGGGAUGAACCUCCAUUCGACAACUAUGACACUAGUGGUCCACAAAACAUAAGCCCGCGCGUUGGUCUCCCUAAACUGCGGAAAGAUUGGAUUGAGAGGCGAGACAAAUUAGGUGCACCAAGAUACACUCAGAUGUACUAUGCUAAGCAGGGAAUUAUAACUGAGGAGAUGUUGUACUGUGCUGCUCGUGAGAAGCUUGACCCAGAGUUUGUGAGAUCAGAAGUGGCUCGUGGGCGGGCAAUUAUCCCUUCCAAUAAGAAGCACUUGGAGCUGGAGCCAAUGAUCGUUGGGAGAAAAUUUCUGGUCAAGGUUAAUGCAAACAUAGGAAACUCUGCUGUUGUCAGCUCUAUCGAAGAGGAAGUUUAUAAAGUCCAGUGGGCAACUAUGUGGGGUGCUGACACUGUCAUGGAUCUGUCUACAGGACGUCACAUCCAUGAGACCCGUGAGUGGAUCCUACGUAACUCCCCUGUGCCAGUAGGGACAGUACCCAUUUAUCAAGCGCUUGAAAAAGUGGAUGGAAUUGCAGAAAACCUGAACUGGGAAGUGUUCAGAGAAACUCUUAUUGAACAAGCCGAGCAGGGUGUAGAUUACUUCACCAUCCAUGCCGGGGUUCUACUGCGGUACAUCCCACUAACAGCAAAGCGUAUGACAGGAAUUGUUUCACGAGGAGGAUCCAUUCAUGCAAAGUGGUGCUUAGCUUAUCACAAAGAGAAUUUUGCUUAUGAGCACUGGGAUGACAUACUCGACAUCUGCAAUCAAUAUGAUGUCGCCCUGUCAAUUGGUGACGGGCUGAGACCUGGUUCGAUUUAUGAUGCUAAUGACACUGCACAGUUUGCAGAGCUGUUAACUCAGGGAGAACUGACCCGUAGGGCAUGGGAAAAGGAUGUGCAGGUAAUGAAUGAAGGGCCAGGGCAUGUUCCAAUGCACAAGAUUCCGGAAAACAUAAAACAGCUUGAAUGGUGUAAUGAAGCGCCUUUCUACACUCUUGGUCCUCUAACAACUGAUAUUGCUCCUGGAUACGAUCACAUCACCUCUGCCAUUGGUGCUGCCAACAUUGGGGCUCUAGGCACCGCCCUUCUCUGUUACGUAACCCCGAAGGAGCAUCUGGGAUUGCCAAACCGAGAUGAUGUGAAGGCUGGAGUUAUAGCAUAUAAGAUAGCUGCUCAUGCCGCUGAUCUAGCCAAAGGUCACCCACAUGCUCAAGCCUGGGAUGAUGCAUUGAGCAAGGCAAGAUUUGAGUUCCGGUGGAUGGACCAGUUUGCCUUGUCACUAGACCCUAUGACUGCCAUGUCAUUCCAUGACGAAACCCUGCCAGCAGAUGGUGCCAAGGUGGCCCAUUUUUGCUCCAUGUGCGGUCCAAAGUUCUGUUCAAUGAAGAUAACGGAGGAUGUGAGGAAGUAUGCUGAAGAGCAUGGUUACGGGAGUGCUGAGGAAGCUGUGAUCCGUGGAAUGGAUGCUAUGAGUGCUGAGUUUCUUGCUGCCAAGAAAACUGUGAGCGGGGAACAGCAUGGUGAAGUUGGAGGGGAAAUUUACUUGCCAGAAAGUUAUAUAAAAGCUGCCGAGAGGUGAAGUUGCAGGAUCACGUGAAUAACCAGAAUCAGUUUGACGACUCUGGAGGCUUUCGUGCAUGAUCGGCUUGUGCAGCGAGGUUUUCAUUUUCAUGCUAUGGUAUAGACAUAGUUUGGUGUGUGUGAAAUAAUUCUGAAGACUCAUGACAUUAUCGUUUUCUUGCUUGAGCUUACGUUUCUCCGUAAUAAAAUGCUUUCCGUUCAUAUUA